AUGGGCGUGGAGCAGCUGAUGGACGCGCUGCUGGGCACCAUGAAGGAGUGGCAUGACACAUGCUUCCCGCGCCCUCGCCGCCCCGACCACGUGUACUACGACCCGUUCCCCUUCCCAGUCCUAGAGGACGAGAUGGAGGUCAAACCCCUCUGGGACGCCCCGGUGGGGAUCCAUACGCGUUUAGAGCCGCUGCUGCUGUCGCAGGACCCGAAGCGCGUGACGGCCCUUCGCAUGCUCGCCUGUAACAACUGCGAGUGGGACCUUGGGAAGCUGCUGCCAGUGGGGCGCUCGUGCGUGAAUCUGCAGUCGCUCUCCGUUGGAGCGCUGCCAGAUCUCGACUUCCAUGGCCACAGCUGUUUGUAUGACGAGAUCUUGACGCAGCCCACGGUCUGGAUUUGGCCGGAGGGUGCUCAGGUGGAACAGAUGAAUCAGCUUAUAACGGGUUGCCCACACCUCCGCUCACUACACUUCCACCUCAAUACCAACGAAUACUUCACCAUAAGGGAAGAGGUCUUUCCCCUCCUCUCCCGUCUCGAACACCUCUCCCUCCCUCUCGCCGACCUCCCACCUAACCUGCUUCCCCACCUCUCCUCCCUCCGCUCCCUCCGUCUCUCCCUCUCCGCGCCCCAGCACCCCCUCCUCCUCUCCGGUCGCCCCUUCCACUCUCUCCCCCUCCUCUCCCUCCUCCACCUCUCCCUCCUCUCUCCCACCUCACUCCUUUCCGAGCCUCUCUCACCGGACCUGUUUGCGGGGCUUGGGCCGAGCCUGCGGUCCUUGACUUUCCUGGUGUAUGCGAAGCCGAAAGGAGCGGGCGGGGGAGGGGAUGGUGGGGAAGGGGGGAUGGGGAGGAGUGAGGACGAGGAGGAGGGCGGAUGGGUGGGGGAUGAGUGGGCGAGGGAGGACGAGGUGGUGGGGUGGUUGCCUGCGUCGCUCUGGUCGCUCACACGCCUGCAGCACCUGAGCACCAACGGGCCUGCCGAACCAGUCUUCUACCGCACCAAGCCUGGUCCCACCGAACCUGCAACUAGUCUUACGGAACCUCCCUCUUACCCCGAAUCGGCUCCUUCCUCCGGCUCCCUCCGCCACCUUACUCUCACGGGGACAGCUGGCGUCAUCCCAUUGGCUGUGUGGGGGCGCCUGUGCCCGCAGCUGCUCUCGCUCAAGAUCCAGGGCUCGCCCCACGUGGCUGUGCGGGGGUGGGGGGAGCAGCUGGCGGAGGGUUCUGGGGAGAUGGGCGCGCCGCAUGGCGCAUGUGGUGAGGGGGAGGGCGCAUGUGGCGAGGGGGAGGGCGCAUGCGGUGAGGGGGAGGGCGCAUGCGGUGAGGGGGAGGGCGCAUGCGGUGAGGGGGAGGGCGCAUGCGGUGAGGGGGAGGGCGCAUGCGGUGAGGGGGAGGGCGCAUGUGGUGAGGGGGAGGGCGCAUGUGGUGAGGGGGAGGGCGCAUGUGGUGAGGGGGAGGGCGCAUGCGGUGCAGCAGAGAAGGCAGCUCGGUGCCUCUUCCCUUCCCUCGAGGAGCUUGUGCUGCGCAACGUGACCAGCCAUGCAUCGCAGCAUACAGGGAGAGAGCAGACAGGCCCACAGCAGCAGCAGCAGCAGCAGCAGCAGCAGCAGCAGCAGCAGCAGCAGCAGCAGCAGCAGCAGCAGCAGCAGCAGCAGCAGCAGCAGCAGCAGCAGCAGCAGCAGCAGCAGCAGCAGCAGCAGCAGCAGCAGCAGCAGCAGCAGCAGCAGCAGCAGCAGCAGCAGCAGCAGCAGCAGCAGCAGCAGCAGCAGCAGCAGCAGCAGCAGCAGCAGCAGCAGCAGCAGCAGCAGCAGCAGCAGCAGCAGCAGCAGCAGCAGCAGCAGCAGCAGCAGCAGCAGCAGCAGAGGAGGAGGAGACAGCAGCAGCAUAGUCUUGAAUUGAUGGGCGUGCUGCCGCGCCUCACCCACCUGGCAAUCGACCACACCCACUCGCUUUCAGACCCCCCCACCCCAACGCACGCCCCCACCAUCCUCCCGCCCCUCCUCCCCAACCUCACCUUCCUCCGCAUCCACUCUCCCCCACCCGACCCCCUCCCCGUGCUGCCGCACCUGCGCACGCUGAUAGUGGGGUCGUACCCUCACUCCUCGCGCUUCCUCUCCUCGCUCUCCCUCUUCCCCGCCCUCACUGCCCUCCGCAUCUUCAACCUAUCCAUGCACAACUACCAGUCCGCCCUCUCCUGCCCUCCCUCACUCAAAUCUCUCCAAAUCUGCUUCUCCCACCUUCCUCUCCUCCCCGACUCCCUCCGCCUCUUCUCCUCCCUCACUCGCCUCGACCUCUUCCAGUGUUCCAAGCCCCUCGCCCUGCCCGCCUGCCUCUCUGCCUUCUCCUCGCUCGCCCACGCGUCCUUUGGCCGCGACUACGACCCUGUGCUGCCCUGCCGCCUCCAGGAGUACCUCCGGGGGAAAACCUGGGAGCGGGAGGAAGCAGGGGAAGGGGGAGCGGAAGGGGAAGGGGGGUGGGAAGGGAAGGGAGAAGGAGAGGGAGAGGGGGAGGAGGAGGAGGAGGGAGAGGGGGAGGAGGAGGGGGAGGAGGAGGAAGGGGUGGGGGAGGUGGAGGUGAGAGGCUCGCCAAAUAAUGCGAGUGCCACGAAUCCUGAUUCGCACAACCAAUCGCAGUUACCAGCAGAGGCAGUACCAGCAGAGGUGCUGGAAUGUGUGUUCCAGCGGCUUCAGCUGUGUGGGGACGAGGCGAGAGUGAGAGGAGUGUGCCGCGAGUGGCGCCAGUGGUGCCGCCUGCACACCUCCUUCUUCGCCCUCGCCUUCCACCCCCUCCUGCUCUCCUGCCUCCCCCUCGCCCUGCUCCACUCCCCUCCCACUCCGAGCCCAGACUCCAGAGGCUGCAGCAGGAGAAGCGGCCAUGAGAUGGCAGCUCAGGCCAGCUCCCUUUCGUGCCUCUCAUGGCACCCCGCCUUCUCUCCCUUCUGCGUCCUCCUCUCCUCCCCCACCUCCCACACCUUCUCCCUGCUCCCCUCCUGCCCGCCUCCCCUCACCCUCCCCCAUGCCAUCACCCCCUCCUCCCUCGCCUCCUGCUUCACCCGCCACUAUGAAACCGAAUGGACCUCAGCAUUCCCCCCCAUCUGGUUAGCCUCUCUCCCCUCCCCCUCCUCCCUCGCCCACACCCUCACGCUCUACCCCAACCUCUCUGCGCUCCUCCUCCCCAUAGUCUCCACCGCCACUCACCCCCUCCACCCCUCCCAUGUGCGCUCCCUCCUCUCUGCUGCCGCCGCCCUGCCCGCCCUCACCUCCUUCUCCGUGCUGCUCGAGCCGGGCUUCAGGGGAGAAGGCGACUGGGGGUACGGGCGGGACGAGCUGUGGGAGAUUCCUGAGGAGGAGAGGAAGCGGGAGGUGCGGCAAUGGUGGGGGGAGACGAGCAGGGAGGUGGAGAGCGGGCUGGUGGCGGUGCUGACGGGGUGCCACGGUCUCAAAGAGCUGCGCAUUCAGGGGGAGAACGCCGCCCACCGCCUCAAACUUCCUCCGUCUCUCUUCCUCCUCUGCACGCAUCUCUCCACUCUCUCCCUCCCUCUCUCUCGCCUCCCCACCUCCCUCCUCCUCCUCACUCGCCUCACCUCCCUCUCCCUCGCCCUCCCUGUGGGUUUCAUGCCUCCCCAGUUCGCCCACUCCUCGCCCUUGGCCCGCCUGUCCUCCCUGCGCUCCCUCUCACUCCAUGUCUGUGAGCAUGACAUCAGCUGCAGCGGCGUGUCUGAGGAUAACAGCAGCUGGAGUGGGCUCUCUCAGGACCUGCUGCUGGGCCUGCCGCCAUGCCUCUCCUCCCUCUCCCUGCACCUCCCCACCGCCACCAUGCCCGCCUCCUUCUCCUCCCUCACUGCCCUUACGCUCCUCGCCACCAACCUCUGGAUUCCGGGGCUGGAGGGAAAGGAGGAAGAGGGAGACGGAGGGGUGGGAGAGGAGGAGUGGGAGGGGGAGAGAUGGGAGGACGAGGCAGAGGAGGAGAGUGGUAUGGGCGAGGGAGAUGAGGAUGGUUGGUGUGAUGACCAUGAUCAUGCUGAUCGCUGCCCCAAUCAACUUCACAACUCAGCCGGUGCUUCAAGCAUUCACGACAACACACUGCUGCCUCUCUGCAACCUCACUUCCCUUACUCUCUCCGGCUGCCGCUUUUUCCCGCCGCUCAUUCGACACCUCACUCGCCUCACAUCCCUCUCCCUCGGAUCUAUCAACGCCUAUGAUGAAACCUCCUGCACCCGUUUCUGCUCGCUCCACCACGGUCUCUCUCUCCUCACUCGCCUGCGCGACCUCUCCCUCUGCUGCGACAACUUCUCCCGAGAGCGCCUCCCCCACUUGCCCCGCCUCCGCCGCCUCCACGUGCAGAACUACUGGCGCAACAGUAAGACCGUCGACAUGACCCGGGUGAUGGCUGCUGUGGCGCACUCCUUGGAGCAGCUGCACAUUGUGUUUGACUCGGGCACGUGCGCCCGUCUGUGCAGGAGAGGAAGCACCAUAGAGUUGAGCUUCCGGAAGCUCAAGCUGCUGCACCUGGAGGACUCAACGGACGAUGCUUGGGUGGACAUGUGUCUCUUCCCUGUCCUAGAACACAUGGCACUGCCAUACAAGGCCAGUGUGUUCUGGGAGAUGGAGAGUGGUUUCUCAUCUAACCUGCGCUUCCUGCGACUAGGUGCUGUUAGACUGCCUAAAGAGCUCGGUCACCAAGAGCAUGAGCUGAUGCAGCUCACGGCGCUCACCACUCUCAUUGUGGACGAAGCUGACUUCCGGGAUUUCCUUGCAGCACUCUCCUGCUUCUCCUCCCUGCGCACUCUCCGCCUCUCCAACAUCACCAGAGGCUGCUCUGAACCCUACUUCACCUGCCCGCCUCUCCUCUCCACACUUCAGAUUUGCUUCUCUGACCUGCCCCGCCUCCCCCCCUCACUCGCUCACUUCUCCCGCCUCACCCGCCUCGACCUGCUGCACUGGCGCCGCCUGCACUCUCUCCCGCUCUUCCUCUCGUCCUUCUCGUCGCUGCGCCACUUGAGAGUCACGAGCGAUGGGCCCAAGCCCACACACCCUGCUUGCUUGAGAGGUUUUCUUCAAGGCAGGGACUGGUACGAGCAUUCGCCAUGCGACGGCAUGAAUUGGUAUCGGGUCGAGCAUUUAUUACAUGUCUCCCCCAUAGGGGUGCGCAUCGAGUAA